CUUGUGAAGUUGCGGCUUGGUUAGUUGUUACUCGUUAGUAUAAUAUACCAUUUAUUACUUGUCCAUUUAGUAUUUUUACAUUUACUGGCGUUUGAUGAAUGUUAGAAGAACAAAAAACUUAUAACUAAAAAAUAUUUAUCUAUGUCCAACAUGAGUUUCAAUUUCGGAACACCCAAAACCACUGCUCCUUCAAUGUUUUCAAUGACUUCUCCUACCAAUACAUCGUGGGGUUCAACUCAACCUUCAGCUGGUUUCUCCUUAGGAAAUAAUACCCAACCAGCCUCUACUGGUUUCUCAUUGGGUGGUACUACACAAGCAUCAACUGGAUUUUCAUUAGGUGGUACUACACAAGCAUCAACUGGUUUCUCAUUGGGUGCUACAAACCAACCAGCUACUGGUUUCUCACUAGGCACAACUCCAGCAUCUACUGGAUUCUCUUUAGGUACAACUCAAGCAUCUAAUGCUUUCUCGUUGGGCACAACUCAAACAUCAACUGGUUUUUCUUUGGGCGCGACUUCAACUGUUUCAACUGGUUUCUCAUUAGCUGGUACUACUCAAGCAUCUACUGGUUUCUCAUUAGCCACAACUCAAGCAUCCACUGCUUUACCAUUGACCACAACUUCGGCAUCUACUGGUUUCUCAUUGGGCACUACUCCAGCAACUACUGGUUUCUCAUUGGGCGCUACUCCAGCAUCUACUGGUGGUUUUUCUUUGGGUACAACUCCAGCAGUUUCUACCGGUUUCUCAUUAGCUGGUACUACUCAAGCAUCUACUGGUUUCUCAUUGGCCACAACUCAAGCAUCUACUGGUUUCUCGUUAGCUACAACUAAAGCAUCAACAGGUUUCUCUUUAGGUACAACUCCAGCAGUUUCUACUAGUUUUUCAUUAGGCACAGCAAGCACUACUGGAUUUUCAUUAAGUUCUUCUGCAACAACCACAGCCCAAGCUAGUUCAAUACAAACUACUGCAGCAAUUACUACACAAGCUCCACCUGCUACAUCUCAAUCAGAUAGCCAAUCCAGUACAGUUCAACCGACUAAUUUCCAACAGCUUAUUGAUUUAAUUAACAACUGGACUGUCAGUUUAGAAAAUCAAGAAAAACAAUUUCUUAACCAAGCAAAUGAAAUAACUGUUUGGGAUAAUAUGUUAACAAACCAAUCUACUAAAUUGGUAAAACUGUACGAUAUUCUGGAGCAAAAAGAAAAAGAACAAGUAGAUAUUGAAAAUGAACUAGACUUCUUGUUAUCCCAACAAAAAGAACUUGAAGAUUGUUUAGUUCCACUGGAACAAGAAUUACAAUCUGCUGAAGUAUUAAGUAGCUUGAACAACGAAAGAGAACCAAUAUAUAAAGCUGCUCAAGAAAUCGAUAACCAAGUAAAACAAAUGUCAGGAGAUAUUAAAGAAAUAGUAAAUAAUUUAAAUAAAGCCAAUUCAAAGAAAGAUUCUGAUGAUGAUCUGGAUACUAUUUGUCGAAUAUUAAACUGCCAUAUGACAGCAUUACAGUACAUUGAGCAUAAUGCAGAAAAUCUAAGUUCCAUGGUUUCCGAAGUGAAUGAAGAACAUUCUCGUUUUUUAACAGCUGCUAAUGAUAAUUCUUUUAUGUCCUCUUUUAGGAAAUAAAAAAUAUUACAAAAUUAAUAUUUACACAUUAUAAUAAAGUGUUGAAAUUGGUACUUUUUGAUAUUUUAAAU